AUGCGUGAGGCUAUCUGCAUCCACAUUGGUCAGGCUGGUUGCCAGGUUGGUAACGCCUGCUGGGAAUUGUUCUGCCUGGAACACGGCAUUCAACCCGAUGGUGCGAUGCCCUCUGACAAGACGAUUGGCGUUGAGGAUGAUGCGUUCAACACCUUCUUCUCUGAGACUGGUGCUGGCAAGCACGUUCCCCGCGCGGUGUUCUUGGACCUGGAGCCAACAGUGGUGGAUGAAGUGCGCACUGGCACGUACCGCCAGCUGUUCCACCCCGAGCAGCUGAUCUCCGGCAAGGAGGAUGCGGCCAACAACUACGCUCGUGGCCACUACACCAUUGGUAAGGAGAUCGUCGACCUCUGCCUGGACCGCAUCCGCAAGCUCGCUGACAACUGCACUGGUCUUCAGGGCUUCCUCGUGUAUCACGCCGUCGGCGGUGGCACUGGUUCUGGCCUGGGUGCGCUGCUCUUGGAGCGCCUCUCCGUGGACUAUGGCAAGAAGUCCAAGCUCGGCUACACGGUGUAUCCAUCACCGCAGGUGUCGACGGCUGUCGUGGAGCCCUACAACUCUGUGCUCUCGACACACUCACUUCUGGAGCACACCGAUGUUGCUGCGAUGCUUGACAAUGAAGCAAUUUAUGAUUUGACUCGCCGCAACCUCGAUAUUGAGCGCCCCACGUACACCAACCUGAACCGCCUCAUCGGUCAGGUGGUUUCCUCGCUGACAGCGUCCCUCCGCUUCGACGGUGCAUUGAACGUGGAUCUGACAGAGUUCCAGACAAACCUUGUGCCGUACCCACGUAUCCACUUCGUGCUGACAAGCUAUGCACCAGUCAUCUCCGCAGAGAAGGCCUACCACGAGCAACUCUCUGUCUCUGAGAUCUCGAACGCUGUGUUUGAGCCCGCCUCCAUGAUGACAAAGUGCGACCCCCGCCACGGCAAGUACAUGGCGUGCUGCCUCAUGUACCGUGGUGACGUUGUGCCAAAGGAUGUGAAUGCUGCCGUCGCGACCAUCAAGACGAAGCGCACGAUUCAGUUCGUGGACUGGUCUCCCACAGGCUUCAAGUGCGGUAUCAACUACCAGCCACCCACGGUGGUGCCAGGUGGUGACCUUGCCAAGGUGCAGCGCGCGGUAUGCAUGAUCGCCAACUCCACGGCCAUCGCAGAGGUGUUCGCUCGUAUUGACCACAAAUUCGAUCUCAUGUACAGCAAGCGCGCCUUCGUGCACUGGUACGUCGGUGAGGGUAUGGAAGAGGGUGAGUUCUCCGAGGCCCGUGAAGACCUUGCAGCACUUGAGAAGGACUACGAAGAGGUUGGUGCCGAGUCCGCGGAUAUGGACGGUGAGGAGGAUGUGGAGGAGUACUAG